AUGGUAUUGCAACGAUGCAAGAAUACCCAAUCUGCAAAACGUGACAUUGUCAUUUAUACUAAUAAGAAGGAAAGUUUCUUUGCUACCAUUUCCGUAGUAUCCAUAUGCCAGCUGUUUUUCUGGACUUACCUGGGUGAAUUUGCUUUCUCCGAGUUAAGAGAUCCCUAUUCAUCCAUUAAACCAAAUAAGGAUAAGAAGAAAGAAGAACUAGCCCUUGAUGAUAGCGACAGCAUAUCAAGAGUUGGACUUGCUACUGUAUCUAUAGUAGCUGGCUUAAGUUUCUGCGUUAUAGGAUUUUUUUAUUGCUAUAGAUCUGUUAAAAGUUUAGCCUUAACACGUGGUGGUAUCGAUGUUAAAAUAACAACCUAUGGACCAUUUGGAAUGCAUCGACAACUCACCGUACCCCUCUCUAAUAUGUCAGCAAUGGCAAAAAGGAAUGAGACUGAUUCUCCGAUUCCGAUACGAAUUAGGAAUUACAGCUUUUAUUUUUUGGUAGAUCACCAAGGGAAAUUUUUAGAACCUCGUUUGUAUGACCGUACCAUUAGUAUUAAGAGAAGAUUGUAA